UUACGAGCCGAGUUCAUGCACAACGCCAAAUGGACGUGAAAACAGUUUGCAAAUCUCAUUACAUUCUGCUCUUCAGAUCCAAUAAACUAUAAAAAUCCAACAAAACAGAGCACAAUUUUCACCUCUUUUUUUUUUUUUUCAUUUCUUUAACCGUUUUAUUAUUCGUUUCCGCCAUUGACGACCUCGGAGAAAUUGAUAAAAAAGUCAUCUUUACUUCACGUUAGCAAAGGGAUAUAUGUCAGUUCCCCUGAGAAAGGACUAGAAGGAAUGAGUCAUUUUCAGAAGGAACAGAGCCCUUCUUUUGUUGAAGAAUUUGACAUAAAUUUUGUGCUAAAUCACAAAGAAAACGCUGAAGAUUAUAUGUAUGAAAACUUAGCAAAAGGUAAUGAACUUGACGUAGAUAAUGAACAAGGGCAAGAUUGUUCCCCCUCAUUGCCUUCUGAUUCCAGAUAUACUGAUAUUUCUGCAUCUCCUUGUGAAAAGUUACAUUCACCUGCGCAGACAACUUAUAAUGAUGAUGUUUUUAUCAGCAAAACGAGAAUCAUCUAUGAUCAAGAGAGUUUGCAUUCUCCAUCUAAUGGUAACCAUUACCAACUAGAGGCUGAGGAGUUACGUGGCACUAAUCUUUGUAAGCCCUCUCAACUAGACGUAGAAUGUUUACAUCAUGAAAAUGAAACUGAAGUUCCUACAUGUGCAUGGGAAUCUUAUUCAAUGGAGGAUGCAAAUCAAGGAGAAGACAUGGAGGAUAGCGUAACCUCUCCUUCCCAUGACAACAUAGUGAAAGAAACCCUUUCAGAGACAUUGCUAUAUGAGUCGACUAAAUCUGAAUCUGUGUUCAAAGAAUUAGAAGAGAAAGUUUCAACUAUUCAUACAAAAAAGUUGUUUUCGUCUCCAAGGUCACACAGGAGCAGUGAUGGAACCAAGAGUGAGAACAUUUGCUAUUCAAGAAACUCCCCAACUGAAAGGAAUCCUGAACUACCUGAAUCACCGGCAACAGCAAGACAAAAAACAGUUUCACCGGAAAGGUCUCCUUGUAUGUUCCAGUCUCCUAGGGAUAAAAGACAAUUUGGUUCCGGGAAAGAUCUUAAAGAUCAGUCAUAUUCUUCUAGAUCACAGAGAGUGAAACAUUCUGCUUCACCUGAGAAUUCUGGUCUGGGGAAAGAAAUUUGUUCCAAUGACCAUUCACCACGUUCUAAUAGGCAGGAUUUAGGUUCUCCAUUAGAGUCUCGUCAAAGGUCCCGUCUUGUGGAUGGUGGUUCAUUGAAAUGUGUAUCUACGUCACCAAGAAAUCGUUACUCACCCAAAAAGGACAGGAGAAGGGACAGGUUGGAGUCACCUUCGCCUGUCAGGCGAAGGGAUUCUUCUUUUGGAUACAAGAGAGAUUCCAGUAACAGAUCUCGAUCAAGGUCCCCACAUACAAGAAAUCAUCACAAAAGGUCCCCGUAUACAAGAAAUCAGUACAGAAGAUUCCCAAGGAGGAGGGAUUCUCCGAGGCACAAAUCUUCCCCUUCACGCUAUCCAUCUUACCGUAGGUUUCCUAAAAGGAGACCAUGGUCACCACCUCAUAAUAGGAGCACUGGAGUAGGGAAACCUGGGAGAAACCUAUUCGUUGCAGGCUUUAGUUUUUUGACUACAGAGAGAGAUUUGGAAAAGAAGUUCUCUAGAUAUGGCCGUGUACGAGAUGUUCGCAUUGUCCGGGAUAAGAGGUCGGGUGAUUCUCGUGGGUUCGGCUUUCUAUCUUUGGAGAGGGAUGAAGAAGCUAAUGCGGCGAUUAGAGCUCUUGACAAGACUGAGUGGAAUGGACGGAUUGUUCUCGUGGAGAAAUCAAAAUCUCAUUAAAGUUUUAUCGAUCCUCCAAUUAACCCCUUAAUUGAACUAGUUACUGAUCAAUGUGAACAAAACUUUCUUCAGCUGCUCAAUUUUGUUCGUUGUUCUCUUAAAAGAACAUAGUCCAAGUAAAAGGAAUUGACAAAUAUUACCCAAAGUCUUGAGCACCUCUCCUCUCUCUGGGCUACAUUUUGUUACCCAUUAUUUAUACAAGGUUGUGGGAUGCUCAUAAAUAAAUGUGAGAUCCACUUUUGUCUAGGGUACUAGGAGGAUGCGGCAAGAAAACUGGGAUGCUAGAAUUCUUCAUGCUUUUUGAGUAAAGAUUAAUGUAUGAUUGAUUUGGGCAUUACCGUUAACGACAGCCAGUAAUUUCUCCUGGUUGUUAGCUUAAAUAAUCUGCUUAUAGUUUAUUUUAA